AUGGCCCGAUUGCCAGAUGGCCAGUCCGUCCCUGGCUCCCAUGGAAGAUCCGCCCCUGACAUCGAAGAACCCUCCCUUCAGCUAGCAGAUGCCAACCGGUCCAGUUCGACUGAUGACGAUGACUUCUUCUCUGCCCUGCAGUUGUCUCAGCACAAGAUGGUACCAAACAACUGGAUGGAUACUUGCCACCACCACCACCACCACCACCACACACUGCAGGAUGACAUGUUGACUUUGCCAUUUGACGAGCUGUCCUCUAACCAGACCAGCAGUCCUAUCAGGACCAGCUGGGCCACCAACCAAAUCAUUAAAUCAGUAAAGCCAGAGCCUGGCAGAGCCUUGCAGGACACACUUAAAUCCGGGAGAGAGGAUGGAGAAAGGCACGGCACAGAAGAGGAGGAGCAGGAGGAGGAGGAGGCAGGAGGUGAUCUGAGAAGAAGGGGUUCUCGUAAGAAGAAGCUGAGCCAGGCCCGGCAGGACCGGGUUCGACUGCGGCGUAUUGAGGCCAAUGCAAGGGAAAGGAACCGGAUGCAUGGUCUGAACAAUGCACUGGACAGCCUGAGGAAAGUGGUUCCAUGCUACUCAAAGACACAGAAGCUGUCUAAAAUAGAGACACUCCGUUUGGCCAAGAAUUAUAUCUGGGCCCUCGGUGAAAUCCUGAGCACUGGGAAAAGGCCAGACCUGCUCACUUUCGCCCAGACACUGUGCAAGGGCCUCUCCCAGCCCACCACUAACCUGAUGGCCAGUUAUCUGCAGCUCAACACCCAUAGCUUCAUCUCAGAGUCUGGUGGGGAGUCUUUUUCCCUCUACCCAGCGUAUCACCACUACAGAGCUGAAGGAGUGGGGGCCAGCUCGGCGGACAAUGGCAGGCCCCUACGGCCUUUCAGCUCCUUCUGUGGCCCCUAUGACGCUCUGUAUGACCUUUCUCCAGACUGCUCCAGCCCUCUGGAUGCAGGCCCCCUCAGCCCCCCUAUCAACUUUAAUGGCAUUUUCUCCCUGAAACACGAGGAGCCAGUGGACUACCGGAGCUGUCACUAUGGUCUCCGCUACCGCUCUAUCAGCCAGAGCUCCUCGGCAGACAUCAACCCAUAUGACAUCCAUCUCUGUGGCCAGUUUUAUCAGGUGCAGGAGGAUUUAAACAAGCCUUUCCCUAAUUAA